AUGUUCUACACCAACGAAAUGCAUACGCCGCACAUCCUGGUCAUCGGUGGUGCCUAUGGAGGGUUCUCCGUCGUCACAAAUGUGUUGAAUUUGAUAGAGGGAAAUCCUCAAUUAUCUUCACCUCUUCCUCCACCCCCACUGGAUGAUUGCACGAUUUUGACUACUCCACGAAUAACAAUCCUCGACGAACGAGAUGGAAUAUAUCAUACCAUGGGAUCACCGCUGGCCCAUUCCAAUUCAGAAUUCGCAUCGGAAGCUUGGAGGAGAUUUGACGAUAUCCCCAUUCUGCAUCGUCAAGAUGUCCGUACGAUUCAGGGAAAAGAGAAUUCUACUAGUCCGUCGAAGCACAUCCCGUACGACUACUUAGUUGUAGCGACAGGAACAAGUAGAAAUUGGCCAGUAGUGCCACAAUCAUCAAAAAGAGAGGAGUAUCUGCAAGAUAUUCAUGACAACAUCGAGAGCUUGCGUGGUUCAAGAAGAGUGGUGAUAGUUGGUGGAGGCGCUGUUGGUGUUGAAUUUUCUGCAGAGAUCAAAGCUAAUUUCCCAAGCACGGAAGUUUAUCUGAUUCAAUCUCGUCCACACCUUCUCCACGCCGAGCCUCUCCCCAAGGGAUUCAAACAGCGAGCAGCUGAUAUUCUUGCUGGACUGGGUAUCCAGCUCCUAUUGGGUUGUAGGGUUGACAAGAUUCUAGAUGGCGGUAGAUCAGGAUUCAAGAGCAUGCUCACACUGUCGAACGGACUUCAUCUCGGAGCAGAUCAUGUAAUACACACAAACUCGCCUCACGUGGCCCGUACGGACUUUCUCCCGAUAAAGGCACUCAACUCACAGGGGUAUAUAAAUGUUCGAUCUACGCUCCAAUUCCCGUCAAAUCUAGUGAACGCAGAUUUUCACUAUGCAGCCGGUGAUGUAGUGUCAUGGUGUGGCAUCAAGAGAGUGGGCAAUGCAUUCAUAAUGGGUCAACAUGUUGCCACAAACAUUGUCCGUCAAAUGUGUAGCAGUCGGAUGGAGAGGGAUCCUAAAACGCUAGCUGUGUGCCCUCAAAUCCAACCUAUGAUGGCAUUAUCGAUUGGAGAUACUGCUUUAGUUUAUCCCGAAGGCGAAGGUGAUUCAUGGGGCGAAGAGCAACAAAGUUUAGUUGUGAGACGAGGUCUUGGUAUUGAUUUAUGCUCAGUCUAUCUUCAAAUUUGA